UUCGCCCGCUGCUGCCGCCGCCGCCGCCGGCCGCGGCUGCUCUCCCAAGAUGGCGGCUCCUCCGGGCGAGUACUUCAGCGUUGGGAGCCAGGUGUCGUGCCGGACGUGCCAGGAGCAGCGGCUGCAGGGCGAGGUGGUAGCCUUCGACUACCAGUCCAAAAUGCUGGCUUUAAAAUGUCCCUCUUCCAGUGGAAAGCCCAACCAUGCAGACAUCUUGCUCAUAAACUUACAGUAUGUUUCAGAAGUGGAAAUAAUUAAUGACCGAACAGAAACCCCUCCUCCCCUAGCUUCACUCAAUGUUAGUAAGCUUGCCAGCAAAGCACGGACAGAGAAGGAGGAGAAGCUGAGCCAGGCCUAUGCAAUCAGCGCUGGUGUUUCCCUAGAGGGCCAGCAGCUCUUCCAGACCAUACACAAGACCAUUAAAGACUGUAAAUGGCAAGAAAAAAACAUCGUAGUCAUGGAAGAAGUUGUUAUUACACCCCCAUAUCAAGUGGAAAACUGUAAAGGCAAAGAGGGGAGUGCACUGAGCCAUGUACGCAAAAUAGUUGAAAAACAUUUUAGAGACGUGGAAAGCCAAAAGAUACUGCAGCGUUCACAAGCCCAGCAACCACAGAAGGAGGCUGCCCUGUCAUCCUGAGUCCGCACACACGGAGGACUCUUCCAGCAUCCAGCCGACGAGGCGAUGGUGGUGGCUUCGGCGGAGGCAGGCCGGGGGAGGGAAGGGAUCCUAUAUUUCCUGUUGGCUCUUGUUAACAAAGGGUCGGCAUUUCCAAAUCUUAGACUUGAACAAACAAAACACCCAACAAAAAAGAACAAGAGAAUAAUUUAAAAGUUGAAUCAUUACUUGACUAACAGACUUCGGUCCACCAUGUCCUUUUCACAGCCCCCUUCUGGAACAGUCACCUUGUUAAUUUUAUUUUUGAAAAUUCCUUUCCUGCUCUGCCCUUUCACCUCUGACUUUCCUAGUCUGUCCCUGCCAUUCUGUUUUUAUAAGUGGCUACACUUGCCUUCUGAGUGAUCGAAAGAAACUUUUACAUCUUCUCUUCCAAAAUAAAAGUAACAAGCUGACUGUGAUACUUAA